AUGGGAGCUCACGUUGCUUUUCGGGAUCGGCCCACUACAGCCAUAUCUCGAAGUGCUUCUACCGUUUACUCUUCAAAACCGAAUGUAUUGUUCUGUGACGUCGAACUUAGUCAUGGGGAGUCUCGUCAGUUUAACUGCGAGAUUCCUCUUCCCAUGCACGAGGUGCCACCAUCAUUUCGGGGUCAUUUGGUGAGAUAUUUGAACCGAAUUACUGUGGCAGUGCAACAUGUUCGAGCUCCGAUUAAACUUAUGCAUAUACCAAUUAGGAUUAUCCCAGCAGUUGGAGUUGACGAUGCUCCAAAAGUGGAAAAAAAUCCAUUCCUAACUGGAAAUAUGGCAUCAGCGACAAUAUCACAGACAAUGAUGGCUGCCGUAGAUGAGAUAACAGCACCGAAAAGGGCGUACAUGUUUAGCAUGACAAAUGCGCAAGGUAAGGUAGCGACCAUGACG